UGUGGGCCUGAUGGAGGAACGAAGCCUUCGUGGACGAGUGAGCCGUCAAUGAACGUACCGUUUCCUCGCACGCCCAAAUAUCAGAAUCCCAAAUGAGGCAGUUUAUGAAAAUACAGUGGAAGGAUUAGAAAUGAGCUCAUUCGAGGGACAGCCAAAGCUGGAUGUUUUGGAGACAAGAUUCGAGAGAGCAGACUUGGAUGGUUUGGACGUGUUCAGAGGCGAGAGGAGAGAGUGAGUACGUUGGUAGAAGGAUGCUGAGGAUGGAGCUGUCAAGGAAGAGAGAGCGAGAGAGAGGAAGACCAAAGAGAAGGUUGAUGGAUGUGGUGAGGGCGGUUGGGGUGUUGAGAGAGGAAGAUGCAGGAGAUGGGCCAAGAUGGCAAAAGAUGACACGCUGUGGCGACCCCCCUAACGGGACAAGCCGAAAGGAAAAGAAGAAGAAGAAGAAUGAAAAGACAGUGGACGGGAACGUCACUGACUUCAAAGACUUUUGUCAGGAUAGUUACGCGGGGUGACACUUGGUGGUCAUGGCUCGUACCAAGCAAACUGCCCGUAAGUCCACAGGAGGAAAGGCUCCUCGUAAGCAGCUGGCCACCAAGGCAGCACGCAAGAGCGCCCCCUCAACUGGUGGCGUCAAAAAGCCCCAUCGUUACAGGCCUGGUACUGUGGCUCUAAGAGAGAUUCGUCGGUACCAGAAGUCCACAGAGCUGCUGAUCCGCAAGCUGCCCUUUCAGCGCCUGGUCAGGGAGAUCGCUCAGGACUUCAAGACUGAUUUGCGUUUUCAGAGUGCUGCGAUUGGUGCGCUGCAGGAGGCCAGUGAGGCCUACCUGGUCGGCCUAUUUGAGGACACCAACCUGUGCGCCAUUCACGCCAAGCGGGUCACCAUCAUGCCCAAGGACAUCCAGCUGGCCCGCCGGAUCCGCGGAGAGCGUGCUUAGGAAGCAAUUUUGACCUUUUUCCUUUUCUUUCUUAAUUUCUUUCCUUGCCUCCCAUCUCCCCAGCUUCUCAGUAGACAACAUUUUAAGAGGUAGAAUUGUGUUGAUGUUUGGUUUCUUUGUGUUCACCAAAUGUUUCAGGCUAACUGUGCCUGUGCACGGACAAGGUGUUGCAGAUCAGGUAAACGUAGGCAUGCGCGUUCACCCAUGCUGGGUUUGAGAGGGGCCAUCCAGACACCUGUCAGACAUUUGGGUCCACGUUGGAUUCUCGGUCUGCGGAUGGGCUGAGAAGAGGGGCUAGUCUGCUUAAGGGGAGCUGCAACUUCCACAGCAGGGUGCUAUUAAAACUAGUCCUGACACUCACCUAGUCCGUCGUCACCUCUCCUCUCAUUGCAGCUCGACGACUCGCUCGACCUUCUCUGAGCGUAUCUCUGCCUCAGAAGUGUGUGCGAGGAGUCAAGUUUUGUGUGCGUGUGUCUACUCUGACCUUCUCAACCGCCUGUAAUCGACAAGCAAACAAAAAUCGUCAUAUGUGAUAAUUGUGCAAAUAGUGUCUGUUUUUGUUUUACUUGUCCAAAUCAGAAAUCACCCCAUCCUUUUCCACUUCUGGAAUUGAAGCAUGAAAAAAAAAAAAACAAAGGCUUAUUUUAGGGUGGGUUUUUUUUUUUUUUUUUGAAACGGUAACGGCUUUUGUCCAAGAUUAGGAAUUGUAUUUUUGAUCGCAGGCAACAAGGGGGAAAGAUUUUACCAGCAGUUGUUCCCUGUUGGGCAACAAGUUUUUUUUUUUUUUGUCAUUUUAAUUUUUAACAGGACAUACAACUGAGGGUGUCAUUUCUCACCUCUCCUAGUUUUCUCUUCCUUUCUCCAAAUUUGAAUACACACUAUGAACUCAUUGCUUUAUUUCAUAUUUUGGGGGGAAAUGCUCAAGAUUUUCAAUGUAAGAAUAAGAUGGCAUUUGUAUUUUCCAAAUUUCUCAUACGAUAGCAUUAAAUAGAUGUUGAAAAGAAAUGGAUGAAAGAAGCAGUUUUCUUUCUUCCAUUAACAAGCAGAAACUUG